GCAGGAGUAAAAGCGAGCGACAUGGAUGAGAGGCUUCUUGGGACAGAACCAGAGGAAAACAGUAUUCUGAGGAGAGUUUGGGAGGAAUCGAAAAAACUAUGGAGGGUUGGAUUUCCUUCUAUGCUAGCUAGGGUGACAUCCUUUGGAAUGUUUGUAGUCACACAAGCUUUCAUUGGACGCAUUGGUGAAGUACAGCUUGCAGCUUAUGCCCUCAUACAAGUCAUUACAGUUAGAUUUGCAAAUGGGAUAUUGUUGGGGAUGUCUAGUGCAACUGAGACACUAUGUGGGCAAGCAUUUGGGGCAAAGCAGUACCACAUGUUGGGUAUUUACUUGCAAAGAUCAUGGAUUAUCAAUCUUUUCACAACAGCUGUUUUGCUACCUGUAUUCAUCUUUGCAUCACCCAUCUUCAAACUACUUGGAGAAGAUGAUGACAUAGCCAGUGAUGCCGGAUAUAUUUCUCUAUGGUUCAUCCCCAUGCUCUACUUUUUUGUUUUCAGCUUGACCAUCCAACAGUACUUACAGUGCCAACUUAGAAACAUGAUUGUCGGAUGGAUUUCUGCUGGCACAUUUAUACUUCAUGUGCUCUUGUCAUGGAUCUUUGUAAGCAAAUUGAAUUGGGGGAUUCCUGGUGCAAUGAGUUCAAUGAUUAUAUCAAGUUGGUUAGUGGUAAUUGGGGAAUUUAUUUAUAUAUUUGGUGGCUGGUGUCCUAACACAUGGAAAGGAUUCACUUUUGCUGCUUUUCUUGAUCUAUUUCCGGUAGUAAAGCUCUCAAUAUCCUCAGGAGUGAUGCUUUGCUUAGAGUUAUGGUACUAUGCUAUUCUAGUCCUGUUGGCAGGAUACAUGAAAAAUGCUGCAAUUUCCAUAGAUGCCUUCUCCAUUUGCCUCAAUAUCAUAGCUUGGCAACUCAUGAUGUUCCUCGGCUUCCUGUCUGCAGCUAGCGUGCGCGUUUCAAAUGAACUAGGGAGAGGAAAUGCCAAAGCCGCAAAAUUUUCCAUGAAAGUCAUCAUAUGUACUUCACUUUGUAUUGGAGUGUUCUUUUGGGCACUGUGCUUAAUAUUCGGUCAUCAAUUUGGUUACUUGUUUACAAGUGAUGAGGAAGUAGCGAAAUCUGUGGCAGACCUCUCUGUCUUACUUUCAUUCUCAGUUUUGCUCAACAGUGUUCAGCCAAUCCUCUCAGGGGUAGCAAUUGGCGCUGGUAGACAAAGUAUGGUUGCAUACGUUAACAUAUGUUCCUAUUAUGUGGUUGGGGUGCCAUUAGGGAUUCUUCUUGGAUAUGUUGCCAAAAUGGAAGUGAAGGGUAUAUGGAUUGGGAUGAUAAUUGGUGUUGCAACUCAAACGAUUGUUCUUGGCUACAUUACCUCAAGGACUGACUGGGACGAGCAGGUUAAUAAAGCAUCGGAGCGGCUCAACAAGUGGUUCCUAAGGCCUUCCGAGACAUCUGAUGAACAUCUUAGUGAAGAAUGAGUGAAUCAAUGAGUGAAUGAUUCAACCAGCAUUUAUUCUUUUUAUCUAAAUUUAGGUCUCUUGGUGAAACCCAUGGGUUAUAAUGGGGAAUUGAUAGGAAUCCAAGUCUGAAAAAUCUUGAGUUCCCACUGAUCAUGUACUGUUCCUUUGUCUCCUGCAGUAAAGUAAAGCCCCCAAGAUUCAUGGGUGAGAAACUUUCAUUA